AUGCGUGGCAAGCCGCGCCGGCCCUGCGACCACUGCCGCCGCAAGAAAAUCCGCUGUGUGAUCAUCCCCAACACAGACAACUGCGCCCAGUGCGAGGCCAAGUCCUUGACGUGCACGUACACGCGGCUACCGCCCAGCAAAGACGAGCCCGUACCCAAGCGCGCCCGCAACGGGCUUCCGGGCGACUACUUGGACCUAGGCUCGGCGCCGGGCCAGAACAUGUACGACAUCGUGCCGCCCAAUGUGCCCAUCCGCACCGUGGCCCCGGUGCACGACUACUCCACCAUGAACAACUCGCUCUUGAAGAAAACGCUCUCUCUCCAGUUCCCCCGCUCGUCGUUUUACGUGGGGCCAACCUCGUACUUGUUCGACCCGAACCUCCUCGAGGUUAUCAUUGGCUCUCAGAACAAGCCGCCGGGCGGACCCGCUGCGACCUCCGCACGGCCUGGUACGCUCAACAAGAUUGAGCAGGUCAAUCUCAGCGAGAUAAUCUCGCUUCGAAAGGUCGAGAACAAGACCCAGUUCCUUUUGCAGGACGACCAGACGAAGCACUCCAUCCAGACCAUGUCCAGCGAUGUCGAUGCCAUCGAGAAGUUCAUCGCGCCGCACGGCCAGAUCCUCAUCGACCUAUAUUUCCGCAUCAUCCAUCCCUCGUAUCCAAUCCUACACAAGAAAGUGUUUUUGGAAAAGUACUCGCGGACUCAUCGAGAGUUCAGCGCGCCGUUGCUUGCCGCCGUCUACGUUUUGGCCAUUCAGUGGUGGGACUACGACCCCCAGCUCAACCGCUUUCCGAAACCCAACGUCGAGCACAUCUUGCGCAUCGGGCUCAACAACUACAUUUUGGAGAUCUUGAAACGCCCUAAGUUGAGCGCAGUACAAGCAGGGCUUUUGCUUCUCCAGUGCAAACACAUACUCAGAGGGAACGACGCGUCACAGCCUUCUCUGGACGCAUACGGUUCGGCCCUGGCGUUUCUUACGUCAGCGUUCACCGACUCCGACUACAACGACUGGGUCUUGUGCUCGCAAGUGGUGGCAAUCUCAGAAGAGCUUGGUCUUGGCUUAGACUGCGAUGGCUGGCGAUUACCCAAAUGGGAAAGAGGACUACGGAAGCGUCUUGCAUGGGCAGUUUACUUGGAGGACAAGUGGUUAGCUCUCAAAAAUUCUCGGCCAUCGCACAUUAAUGAACUUAACUGGGUUGUGCUGGACUUGGCUGAAGAGGACUUUCCCGAAAAGCAUGGUGAUGGCGACUUAAAGGAAGGUUCCUCUGACAUCAAUAAUGGCAAGAGGAACUUCAUGAAUUUGAUCUGUCUCUCAAAAAUCAUUUCUGAGAUUAUCGAUGCUCUAUUUUCAAUGAAAGCCAUGAAGGAGAUCACAGAAAUCAGUGAGGUUCUAAGGGUUGCAAAGCCAAUUCAGUUGAAACUCCGAGAGUGGUACCACUCACUACCGAUCGAGCUUCAAAUGAACUCCGUCCAGCCACGCAAAUUAUGUUCCAACGGAUACUUGCAUCUAGCUUACUUCGCCGCUGAGCUAACUCUUCACAGAAAGAUUAUUACGACAAUAUACCAGCAAAAUAUUCACGGGUCAAAAAUCCCGGAAGAGCUUGUUAACGUCUGUCGAUCAGCGGCGCGGACGAGACUCAUUGCCUCAAUUGACUUUGUGAAAGACUUGAAACCGGAGCAUAUUCACUCCUUCUGGCAUUCGUCGGCGUCGUCUAAUUUUACGCUCAUUGGAACUUUUGCGGCAUUGCUUUUCAUUUCUUCACUUUCCAAAGAGGAGGCUAAAGACUUUAAAGAGAAAGUCUACGACUAUAGAUGGGUCUUGAAAAUUUCCGCUAAAGGUUUUGUUCAGAUUGGCGACUCCCUCCUGAAGUUGGAUUUGGUAAUGAACCAUAUUCCUGGAUUGCUCAAUGAGGUUAACGAGCAGUCAUCAAUCAUAUCAAGCGUUCCUAACAUAGACUACAACAAGACCUAUCAGCAGCAGCAACAA